AUGCCGUUCGUUGCAGCAUCGGCUCAGAGCUCCAUCAAUGCCGAAAGCAGCGCGUCAAGCAGCGUCUCAAGCACUUUCCGGCAAGACUCUGCCGCGAGCGCCUCAUAUCACGCAAACCCAAUGGCCGUAAAUGCAGAUAUCGAUCAGCGCACCCGGCCGCAAAGUGCAGGAAAGGGACGGAAUCCACUCUCGAAAAAGUGGACGGAACCGACCGAUGAGGGGGUUGGGGUGAAACGCCCGACUUCAGCGCCCGUUGGAGGACGCACGGCAAGUUGGACGUCCAUCGACUCCACCGCAAGUGGCAGAUCUAGAUGUAGUAGGCUCGAUGCGCCACCGGAGGCCAAAAGCACGACCAGCUUCUUCAGGCUCCCGGCGGACUACAGCAACUUACCAGAUGGCCCUCUACUGCCACUCUUUCCCUGCACAUCAGCUGCGAGUAUCUCCAGCGCAGGGAUUCUCCUUCGACAUCAAGGGAGAGAAAGCCAUCUGGAGUUACGAAAGGAUGAGCAGACGUCAGAUGAGAGCCUGCCCAACGGCUUGCUGCCAAAAACAAAGUGGGCCGGGCUCAAGCGGAAAGUAAGAUACCCAGUUUCGGCCAAUGUGAAAGCUGGACAAGCCUUCGCAGGCUACGUCACGAUAUGCUCUCGAGAUUGGGAGUUCCGAGGACGAGGGAGAGUAGGGAAACCCAAGCGCCGCUGGCUCUGCAUCAAGGACGACCAGCUCUAUGUCCUCAAGCGACCAAAUGCGAAGUAUGCUACCGUCAUCCUCGAUCUCGCGGAGUGCACUAUCGAGCCGAGGCCAUUCCGGGUGAUGUCCCAAAAUAGCAUUGUGUUUCAACUCUACCUGCCAAUCGAGUUGAGCGAGCGGAAACCCCGAAGCUCCAUCACGACCACCAGGGGAUCGGAAAGCGUUCCAAUGUCGGCAGGAUUGUCUUUCAUGUUCAUUGUGGAGAACGAGAAGCUCAAGAUGGAGUGGAUGCAGGCUUUGCUCCAAGCCAGCGCCUGGAGGGGACAAGCACUGGCAAAGCAGGGGGCCCUUCCGUACAUCCGAGUCGAAGACUACGACAAGUCGAACGGUUCGGAACUCAUCUUUCCGGAACCUCCCAAAAUCCAGGAUGUUGCAGGACGCCAGUGGUCCACCCACGUUUUUGACACAGGGGAGAUUGGGAGAAGGAGCACACGAAGUAUGGAGUUACUGACAAAACCCGGCCUGGAGAUCAGAACGAAGAUACACAUGGGGGCGGACGAAAGAAGACCUGCGUUGUGCGAUGAAAGUACGGAGAUCACAAAAGCUGGAGAAACCAGCAAAGAUGGUGGAUCAAAGCAUCGGCAGAACGCCGGCAUGAAUGCCGGCACGUCGACUGACAAUGUCUUCCUCACACAUUGCUCGGCCGCCGAGAAGGACGCAUUCAAGAAAGCAAAGGCGAAACACGCUCCCAUCGUCCAUCACCAUGUACGGGCUUUCAAAGAGCAAGCCGCCGUACUCUCCAUCCUUGGACAGUCGGCCGCCCCCGAAAUGACGCAGGAACAACUUAUCUCCAUCGUUCAACAAACCAUGUCCGCCGCGCACGAAGCGGCCGGCUUCUCCGCUACGACCGUCGAUUCCAUUCACGCGGAAUGCACAUUCGGCGCCCGAAAAACGCAGGAGCUCUUCGGCGAGUUCUCCGAGCUCAAGGAAAUCGUUUUUGGCACCCCGGUACGCGCAGCGGUCAGGACAACAUGUACGCCGAGGCGUCCCCCUCCAAAGACGAGCGCAAUCCCCACGAGAAGGAUUCUAACCCACGAGAAGGAUUCCGUGGCAAUGCAUCCAGCGGAUAUCACGGUCGAUCAUGAGGUCAAGGCUAUCGAGGCCGCGGCCGCGGCGGUUCGACAAUCAUCAUCGAAACAACUCGAACGAGUCGAAACCCGACCGACAACAGUAGAGGAAUCCUCAAUGGCGACGCCGGUGCCAACGCCAAUCCUGCGCGCACAACUCCCUUCACCGAACACGGCUUCAUCGACAAAUAAGCAACCUCCGAACGGAGUCCAUUGUGCUCUGGACGAGGAACGUAGUCCUCUAGAGUCUAUGGACGAAGAGGAGGUUGCUUAG